AUGCUGUCAACUUGCCCUGGUGCCCUGGGGGUGAUGGUGCUUGCCCUCAGUCCCCGUGCGCUGAAGCCUGAACUCUCCUUUCCACUUCCGACUCACAGACGCGGCCAACAGGAAGGACCGCCAUCUCACCGCGAUGUGCGCAAAGCAGCGAUCGGCGUGACUGGUGUAGUACAGGCAGGCUCCACAACUCGAGCUGUGAUUGGUGGACCUCUACUGGACUCCCCCCUCCGCUCCCUCCCCCCUCUCGCUCCCUCCCCCCUCUCCCUCCCCCCUCUCGCUCCCUCCCCCCUCUCGCUCCCUCCCCCCUCUCGCUCUUCUCUACUCUGCCUCUUUCUUAACCCACGACGACGCGCGCUCCCCCUGCGGGCAAAGAGCAGUACUGCAACGACGUCAUGCACAAUCUGGACGCUGAGCUCCACUCUGGGCAGCUCCCUGGACUCUGUGGAGGAGGUGAGGGACAGGAGGCCCCUGGACUCUGUGGAGGAGGUGAGGGACAGGAGGCCCCUGGACUCUGUGGAGGAGAUGAGGGAGAGGAGGCCCCUGGACUCUGUGGAGGAGGGAGAGGGGUGUUGUGGGAGGCAGGGAGUGGACAGCUGGGUCUACGUCACUGCACUACAGCAGCACCUGAGCAGAGCUGGGGCCCGUACCUGCCAGGAGCCGCGCCUGUCCUCCGCAGUCCCCUCCUCCCGCUCCUCCUGCUCCUCCUGCUCCUCCUGA